ACUGAAUCAUCAUCCUCAUCAGCAGAGAGUUUGGGGUGGAUCUGCUUUCGCCAUGAGUGGGAAAGGCUGUCAGCUCCUGGUGUCUCCCUGCAGUGUGUCUCCAUCCAUGAACAUGAUCCGAGGGCACCAGCCCCAAGCCAUACGGAUGCCGCUGUCAUCCCCCCAGCAGACCAGUUUCAGUCCAUCUUCCGGGAGGAUGGUGAAAAUCAAAAGGGAAACGGCCCGUUCUCUGGCUUCUCAAAAAGAGAGCGGGGACAACAUUGUUUUGCCAACCCUGAGCCUCCGUAGGAAAGUGUUAACCAACGGAAAACAUCUCACUGUGCCAACUGAAUCCACGCACCAGCAGCCAUCCGCUCCUCAUCCUCAAGACAGAGCAGUGGCAAGAAUGUUCCCCUCCAACAACAGCAAAGAUUGCUCUAUGUCUGAACCCACCAUGGAUGUAUUUGGUCGAUCGGCUGCUCUCAACCUGACCGGGACCAUGACUGCCUUCAGAGGUCAAUCGAAUGCCGCAGGGCCUGCAGCUCCUCAUCCUCCAUCACAGUCACACCCUCAUAGUGUGCCGACUCCCCACACUGAUGCCAGAUCCUUACUGUCCAGAGAAUCAUUGGCAUCUACCACCCUCAGCCUGUUUGAAACACAGUCACUGUUUAGUGGCAGACAUGACUGGCCAUAUGGUUACCGUGUGCUCCCGCCCCUGGGACCACCUCAGUGCUCUACCCAGGCCAGUGAGGGCGGAGAGCAGCUCCGCCUUUCCCCUGGCACGGACAUGUCGGGCACGACUGUAUCAGGUGGCACAAGCACCUCUGCCUCUCUGCCCUCAUAUCUCUUCACAGGUGAGGCUGGAAGUCCAAGACAGUCCCGCGCUAAGAAGAGAGCUCUCUCCACGUCCCCUUUAUCGGAUGUGAUGGGUAUCGACUUUAACUCAAUAAUACGCACCUCCCCGACGUCACUUGUGGCAUACAUCAAUGGUUCCCGCAGCUCUCCGGCUUCCCACCCCACCCUCUCGCCUGUGCCCUCAGAGAGUUACGGACACUUCCUGGGCGUUAGAGGCCGCUGCAUCCCUCAGAUCCAUCCCUACAGCACACAGGGCUCUUCCCAGGCUCUGGCCCCUCUGUCAGAGUGUGGCCGUAUGCAGAUGCUUGAAGAGGGAGGGGGUCUGGAGAGCCAGAUGGCAAACAUGGUGGUGGAGCAGCAGUGCCUCCCAGAUGAAGGAGGGGUGCUGGAGAAGACUCCCGAUAGCUGCAGCCAAACUACCAACAAUAUGCUGCCACCACUACAGUUAGAGCCAGCUUUGUUGAAUACUGUCCAAGAAGCUGCUCCUCCGCAAGGGCCUCCACCUCCCUACCACUCGCACCAGCACGUCCGCCUCUCCAGACAUCAUGGCAAAAUAAAAGCCGCUCCUGAGGACCCUUUCUUACAAGUUCCCAUGGUUCCUACGAGGCAUGGAGUCAGCUUUUUACCACAAAUCCCAAUGCUGGAGGAAGAAGAGGGAGAGACAGAGGACUAUGGAGCCCACUGCUGCAGGUGGUUGGACUGCAGUGCAGUGUAUGACCAAAAGGAGGAGCUGGUCAGGCACAUAGAGAAGCUCCAUGUGGACCAGAGGAAGGCAGAGGAUUUCACAUGUUACUGGUUGAGCUGUCCACGCAACUUCAAGCCCUUCAAUGCUCGAUACAAGCUUCUCAUCCACAUGAGGGUCCAUUCUGGAGAGAAGCCCAACAAGUGUUCGUUCGAAGGCUGCAAGAAGGCUUUCUCUCGACUUGAGAAUCUGAAGAUCCACCUGCGCAGCCACACAGGGGAGAAGCCCUACCUGUGUCAGCACCCGGGAUGCCACAAGGCUUUCAGCAACUCCAGUGACAGAGCAAAGCACCAGCGCACACACCUGGACACAAAGCCAUAUGCAUGCCAGGUGCUGGGCUGCGCCAAGCGUUACACUGAUCCCAGCUCCCUGAGGAAACACAUGAAGUCUCAUUCUAGUAAAGAGAGACAACUGCGGAAGAAGAUGAAAUCCACUUCGGAGGUGACCCAGGACACACUGACAGACUGUUUAACCAUCCACCCUCUACAGCCGAGUCUCUCUCCUUUGGCAAGGCUAGACGGCAACUUGAACCGAUCCCCUGGUGCCUCGCAUGAUUCAUACUCUGAUGCUCCACAGGGACCUGACUCCUGCAGUAAUUCUCACCUGGCUCUUCUGUUCUCCUUACAAGACAAUUACAGUUUCGUUGAGCCUUCCCCUCACCCGCUCUUCCCCGGAGAGAACUGCGGGCCUUGCUCCUCCACCUGCCUCCCGCAUCCUCCCAGUGGGGCACCCCUGCAGAGCAACAGCGAUCUGAAACAGCCCAGCCAGCCUUCCGAUCUGGCCCAUCACAACCCAGGAUUUGGUGUCCACAUUCAAGGGGAGGAUAUGACUGCUCAUCAAGCCUUGCUUGGAGGGGAUUUCUUCCAUGUAAAAGACCGCUGCACAAGCCAGGUCUCCUCCUGCAUAUACACAGAGGGAUGACACCGCACACCUGUGGCUGCCCUUCCUUUGCACUAUAUUAUGUCCUCGUUGCAUUUAAAUCAGCCGCUUAAUGAGAAGAAUACACACCUGGCAUUGCAACCAGGCAGCAGAAUUGUUUAGCAAUACAUAAAGUGCAUUAGAUUAGAGCUGCUGGC